UGCUCGUCUCCGAAACGCCAUCUUAAACAGAAAGGGGGGGUUUAAACCGGGACAAAAACAGGAGAGGAGACACAGUUGGAGGAGAGACUGUUGGUUUGGUUCGCGGUGUGAAUCCCCGGCUUGCUCUCGGACAGCACCGGUCAUGACUUUGCGCGUUUAUCACACGGAGUAACGGCGUUUAAACGCGAGGACGGCAGUUGUUAGCACUUUAGCCUGCUAGCACGGGGGAGGGGCGGGGGUUGAGGAUUUUUUUUUUUCCCCGCAGCAGAAGUUGUUUGUUUAUGUUAUUCCCCACGGACAUGUCCUCUUCAAACCCAGACUUACCAGACCCUAAUCUGGGUAUGGGGGCAAGUGGGACCCAAGCAAGUGGCGGGGCAGUUGUACCAAAAGGGACCAACAAAAGAAGAGCUGCGUCAGACUUUGAUGAUGAUGAUGACAGCAAGUUGUUCAGGUGUGAUGAUGACACAGGAGGCUCCAAUGACAAAGAGCGCUUUGCCAGGGAGAAUCACAGUGAGAUUGAGAGGCGGAGGCGAAACAAGAUGACCGCCUACAUCACAGAAUUGUCGGACAUGGUGCCUACCUGCAGCGCACUAGCACGGAAACCGGACAAACUAACCAUUCUACGAAUGGCUGUGUCCCACAUGAAGUCGCUGAGAGGAAGUGGCAACACCAACACAGAUGGGUCAUACAAACCAUCUUUUCUCACUGACCAGGAACUGAAGCAUCUCAUACUGGAGGCAGCUGACGGCUUCCUGUUUGUGGUGUCUUGUGAGACCGGCCGUGUUGUUUAUGUCUCGGACUCCCUGACACCCGUCCUCAAUCAGACACAGUCUGACUGGCUCGGCUCGUCUCUUUAUGAUCAGCUCCACCCAGAUGACACAGAAAAGCUUAGGGAGCAGCUCUCGACUGCAGAGAAUAACAACACAGGCAGGAUGUUGGACUUGAAGACAGGAACAGUGAAGAAGGAAGGACAGCAGUCGUCAGCCAGAAUGAGUAUGGGCGCUCGUCGAUCGUUCAUCUGCAGAAUGAGGUGUGGCUCUUUUCCAGUGGAACCGAUGUCCAUAAACAGACUGAACUUCCUUCGGAUUAGAAACAGGAAUGGUUUGGGUGCCGCCAAGGAAGGGGAGCCCCAGUACGUAGUGGUGCACUGUACAGGAUACAUCAAAUCCUGGCCCCCUGCAGGCGUAUCGUUAACAGACGAUGAAGCAGACAACACUCAGGGGAGUCGCUAUUGUCUAGUUGCCAUCGGAAGAUUACAGGUGACUUGUUGCCCAGGUGACACAGACGUCAACAGUUUCAGUGUUCCAGUCGAGUUCAUCUCACGCCAUAACUGCCAGGGCAUGUUCACCUUCGUAGACCACCGCUGUGUCUCUGCGGUGGGCUACCAGCCCCAGGAAUUACUGGGCAAGAAUAUUCUCGAGUUCGCCCAUCCUGAAGACCAGGGCUUACUGAGAGACAGUUUCCAACAGGUGGUGAAGCUGAAGGGCCAGGUCCUGUCGGUGAUGUUUCGGUUUCGCUCCAAAUCAAGAGAAUGGAUCUGGAUGAGAACCAGCUCCUUCACCUUCCAGAACCCUUUUUCAGAGGCCAUUGAGUACAUCAUCUGUACCAACGUCAAUGUCAAGCAGUUACAGCAGCAGGCCGAACUAGAGGGAGGUGGAACCAGAGACAGUCUGUAUGAGGCAGGACCAGUCACCCUCUCACAGAUGCCGGGACAGCCAGUGACAGCAGCAGGGCCGGACCACAACAAGAGCCUUGAGAAGCCAGAGCUCUACCCCUCCCUUUUCCAAGGUCCAGAUCAGACCAAGGUCCUGCCUGCCACCCCCGCUCCCUCUGCACAGAUCUACUCACCAGCCCCCAACUUCACUGCUGGUCGUUCUAAUGAAGUGUACAGCAGGCCGGUCAAUAUGACCCAACAGAUACCUCCACAGAUGACACAGCCAGGCCACUCAGCAGGGCAGAUGCUGGCUCAGAUGUCGUCUCGUCAGAAUGGCGUCCCACACUCAGCUGCCCCCUCCAGCACUGGUACCCCCAUCCAUGGAGGACCAGCAGGAGGAGGGUGGCCUGGAGCUGGAGCUAGACCACAAUUUAAUAACCAGCAGGUGGCUCCCCAAGCAGCAAAGACCAUGUCUCCGCCUUUUGCUCGCAUGGGAGGAUUUGGAGGCGGCUCUUCCACCUCUUUCGACCAGAUGCCUACAGGUGCUUCUCCCACCACAACCAGUGGGGCAAACUACCCGGCCCAUAACGUCCGUGCCAGCCUCAACAACAAUGGUUAUGACGGCUCUCAGUCUGGAGCACAGUUUCCUUCCCGAGCAGCAGAGGCAGUGUGGCCCCAGUGGCAAGGCCAGCAGCACCCGCAGGGCAAUGCAGAGCAGCAUCCUCACGCUCAGGGCAACCAGCAAGACAUGUUUCCUGAUGUGUUGUCUAUGCUGGACCAGCCUGCCAACUUCAACAGCGAUGACUUUGAGAUCCCCAUCUACCCUCCAUUUAACGAGUGACCUGGUCAAUACUUCUCUGCUGCUCUUACUCCCUUUGUCUUCUUGACUGUUUCUAUAUAUUUAGCUCUUCUGCUCCUCUUCUCUUCCUGCUCCUGAGAGUAGCACUCUUCCCUUGCUUUGCAUGGCUCAAAUUGCACUGCCACAAGCCAGUUAAAGACAGAGGGAUAUAUCUGACUGCAGAUGUAUAGGGGAGGAAAAUCAAGGAUUUGCUACUGACUAAAAGAUGAUUAUUUUAACAAUUCCAGCCAUCGUAAGAGAAUUCUCUAGCUAGCACUGCCCAAAGCUCAACAACCUACAUUGUAGAUAUGUGAUAUAGUAUAUAAAUAUAUAAAAGCGCACAAUUACACAACCACACUUGAAUAGACUGCACAAAAACACUCUUUACACUUUGGUAAACAUACACAGGAAAUACACAAACACCCACCCAGAAAAGGCCUUUUUAUUUUAAUAUGUUCCUAGUUUUUCUCAGGCAUUUAUGAAGAGUGAGUUUUGCUGUUUCACCCUUUUAGCAUGUAGACUAAUCACUCCAAUCAUUGAUUUAAAAACUCUCAGGAAAUUGCAGGGAUAUACAGCUUUGAUUUUUAUUUUAUUUUUUUAAUUCUCUGCUGUCGCACGCAAAACCCACCAGUGUCUGUGCUAACGUCACUCACGAUUUUAAAUCCACAGCAUGCCUCUGCAUGUCAGCAUUGCUUUCUACAUUAAUGAGUACAGUUUUCUAUGUACAAUGGUGGCUUCUCCUAUAAAUGUAAUUAUUUUGUUUUUCCUCUACAUGUGAGUUUAUUUCUUUGCAUUGAAUGAUUUACUCCAACAACAGGCACAUAGUGUUAAAAUGGCAACACACUGUUUGUCUCGGUGCUGGUUGGAAAUGUAAACAAUCUUUUUUUUUUUU